AUGAGGGGAAGACGAUUACUUGGAUCAAAAUCAAAGAUAAACAGGAAAGAAGUAGCUUCAAUGGAGAAGCUCUUUAACAAGUCCCAAAAGCGGUUAGGUGUCUCGUCUAGUUCAGUUCGAGAAGAAGAAGAACGAGUUGUUAUCAGAGGAGAAGACAUGAUAAGCUCAUUACCUGAACCGUUGUUGUGUCACAUACUCAGCUUUCUUACCACCGAGCAAGCGGUUCAGGCAAGUGUUUUGUCCUCUAGAUGGAGACAUAUAUGGAGAUGGGUUCCUAGGUUAGAACUAGACAGCUCUGAUUUCACAGACAACCAAGCCUGUGGGUAUUUCAUAGAUAAGUUUCUUGCUUUCCAAGGCAAGAACUACUUGCGUGAGUUCAAGUUGACCAUUGACCACGACAUCUUUGGUGGAGAUGCUUCUCUUUACGAGCCUUGUCUCAGCAAAGUGGAUAUGCGGAAGCUCGAACGUUUCCAAGUCGAGAAUACGUUUGGACCUGUUAGCUUUGAUGACUUCCCGACACCCUUAACACUCUCCGUGUGUGAGGCGUUGGUCUGCUUAAAGCUCCAUUACGUUAGGCUGAACGAUGAUUUGAAGUCUCUUUCCUUGCCUUGUCUCAAGAUCAUGUUCUUGGAAGACGUUGUUAUGCCUAGCGACGCUGCUGCAGAGGCGCUCAUCUCCUGCUCUCCGGUUCUUGAAGUUUUGAAGAUAUGCCUUAGUAAAGAUGAUUUUGUGGUAGCUCUACGUGUCUGCUCACCGUCGCUUAAGAGCUUCACUCUAAAAGGAGUGGAACGUUGUUAUGUUUGUAGACACUAUUCAGUAUUGAUUGAUGCCCCGAAACUUGAGUAUCUGAGUCUCAUGGAUUACUACCAUUUCAGAAGCUUUGAGAUAACCAGUGCGGCUGAGUCUUUCAAGGUUGAUAUUGAUGUCGAUUUUGCGGAGAAGAGUAAUUUCAUGUUGGAAAUGAUGAUCAUCUACAGUUUUCUCAACAAUUUUUCUGGUGUUAAAGAUAUGACCAUGUCAUGGAGAACUCUGCAGUUUAUAUAUGAAAUCCAUCGGAUGAGCACACUCCCCAAAUUUCAUGACUUGACUCGUCUGCGCGCCACUGUGUGCUUAAACGCAUCCCCUGAACUAUUGCCAAUGCUUCUUGAGAGCUGCCCCAAUCUGAAACACUUGACAUUGGAAUUGUUUAUUCAUUAUCCUGUGGCAUCGAUAGGUGGACUCUCCACUGUGAGGCUGCCUCGUUGUUUGGUAUCGUCUCUUGAAUCUGUUGAAAUAGAAAGCCCGGUCACGGAGGAAGCUACUGAACUGGAUUUGGCUAGAUGCUUUAUGAGGAACUCUACAACACUCAAGAAGCUCGUGCUACGUUUGAAUGAGUCUUCUACUGGAGUUAAACACAAGCCUUGUGACUUGGAACAACUCCUAGAAUUUUCAAAGCGCUAUGGUUUGUCUCAAUUCGAAGUUCUUCCAGUGGUUCCAACUCCGAAUCCAUUGCCUCCAGGGUAUGUUUAUGUAAAAUCCCAUAGGUUCUAA